UAUACAAGUUGUCAAACAAGGAAAAAUGAUUCUUGUACUUACGUUAGGCGUGUUUGUUUUAACUGCUACAUCAAUAGUUCAAGGACAAAGAGAUACCAGAGCAUACUGCCAUUUGUAUGACCCAACAAAUCGAAACAGAGUCCAUGGACGGCUAACCCUGCUUCAAAACUACAAUACCCCACUUGUUCAGAUAAAAGGGCAAAUAUAUGGUUUGAGACCUGGACUACACGGCUUCCAUGUCCAUGAACGAGGGACUUUUGGACGUAAUUGCAGUAAUGCAGGACCACAUUUUAAUCCAUUCAACCAAAAUCAUGCAGGACCAAGUGAUGCACCACGUCGCCAUGUCGGAGACCUUGGUAAUAUUUAUGCAAACAACAGAGGAGUCGCGAAUUUGGCUAUUUACGACCAUUUCAUUAGAAUGCAAGAAAAACCAGAGCUUUCAAUCCUCGGCAGAGGUAUAGUGGUUCACGCAGAUCCUGAUGAUUUAGGAAGAGGAGGUAAUGACGAGAGUCUGAAAACAGGAAACGCUGGCGCCCGACUUGCUUGUUGUCAGAUCAGGACCUAUUAGUUGAAAAAAUAACUCUCAUACAAACCAUUUGAUUAAAUUUUGCUUAUUACUCUUUA